AUGGUGCUUAUUAACGACAAGAAGUACGCUUGCGCGACAUGUAUCAAGGGCCACCGUGUCUCGGGCUGCACGCACACCGACCGACCGCUCUUUGAAGUCAAGAAGAAGGGCCGGCCGGCGACGCAGUGCCAGUUCUGUCGCGAGAAGCGCAAAGGCGGCGCUAGCACUGGCAGCGUCCACAACAAGUGCUCAUGUGGUGACAUCAAGAACCAGCCGCCCCCGACGUCCAUCAUCCUCAACGCGGCUGCGUCCUCGUCGUCAUCUACAGUUCCCAAUGCCCCGCCUUCCAUACCACCCCCGUCCGCUGCGCCGGUCCAGGCGCCACCGGCGAGCACCACCGUCAUGCCAGCGGCCGUCGCUCCUGCGCAUCCCUUGCCGACUCCCGAGGUGGAGACCAAGAAGGGCAUGCCUGGCUCCACCCCAACAUUCCCGAAUGGCCUGAGGGACGUGCACGAAAUGGCAGCGGCCGCCCAAGCGCUUACGGGCUUGGGUGGCGAGAGCGGACAGGCAGCCGAGCGUAAGCUGCAGAACCUCCUCAACCCGUGCCACUGCUCGACCACAGGCAAGUGCAAGUGCUGCCAGCCCAAGCGCGAGCGUGGGCGCCAGUCACCGGCACAGAGCAACACGCCAUCACGUAUCGACACCCACGUCCAGGUGACCGACAGCCUGAUUGAAAUGUUCAAGACCAAGGCGACGACGACGACCCCGUCCGAGGGCGGUACCUCGGGAUCGGGGUCUUCCACCCCCCAGCAGCCCACUGCCCCCUUCUCGUCGCUGCGUAGCCUCAACCUGGCAAUGACGAGCACCACAUUGGCAUCACCUGACAACCGCCACCGCCCGGCACACACGUCCCCGCACGUCCACAAGGCCAAGCUCUACUCGCCCUACGCGACCAAUGGCAGCUCUACUCCGCGCCACGCCGUCAAGGCUCGCAGCGAGUCGGUGUCGUCGACCCACAGCUACGGUUGGUCGGGCUCGACGUCGAGUGCGUCCCCGCGCCCGCCGCCACCGCGUAUCCGGCCCCUUGCCGACAUGAACAAGUUCCUCGGCGCCGUGUUCAAGGAAGACGGGUCGGUGGCCAGCGAGAUCCCACGGUCAGCCCUGGGGCUUCCUGGCAUCCACACGUUUGACACCAUGGCGUCCAACGGCGGCGCAAAGGUCGAGCCCAUGGAGAUGGAUGUCGACGGGCCUGUCUCGUUCCCGACCGCCGAGGACGUGGUCAUUGGGGCAUGUACGUGUGGCGACGGGUGCGAGUGCCCCGGGUGCGCCACACACGGUAACCUGGCCUCGUCCACAUCGUCACCCAAGGGGGACCACUCGCACGAGUGCGGCGACAGCUGUAAGAGCUGCUUCGACUGCGGUGACCAUCUGUCGAUCCCGUCGGGUGUCAUGUCCAUCGAGCACCUUAUCCAGCUCGCUGCGUCCAAGGUGCCUCCCAACCCGCCUCACGCUCGUGUGGCUUCCGAGCUCAACCCACACGACACGACUGUCAUUCCCUCGGUGGCACAAAUGUCCGAAGACGCCGCUCGCGCAUUCGGCUUGGUGAAGCUGAAGCCGCUGGAGUGCUGUAAUGGCCGGUGCCAGUGUGCUCCAGGCCAAUGCAAGUGCGAGAACGAGUGCUGUGGAUGCUGUGUCCGCUGUCUGUGCGAUGACGACGGCGACACGCUCAUGGCCGACGACGAGCCGCUCGAACCGCCGCAGAAGGCGUCUGGCGGAUGUUGUGGCUCGAGUGCGGCGCCAGCUGCCGCUGCUGCCGCUGUGCCAGCGAGCGCCCAGCUUCUGUCGGCUCAAUCCGCGUCCCCGGCAGCCCUGUCGCCUACUGGAUCCCAGCAGCGCCUACCUUCUCCGGCAGGCAGUACGCCCUCGACAGCGGGUCUUGCCACGACCACGCCGCCCAAUGGGCCCGCAAGCGGCGUUCGCCGUGCGGCGUCCGUGUCGCGUGCCAAAGAAGCAUCCAACGGCAGCCUGUCGCGCCGUGUGUCUGUUUCUGGCCAGCAGUCGGCCACAGGCGCGCUCCAGAGGGCGACAUCGCUUGGAUCCAAGUCGGCAUCCAAGUCGUUGGCCCUGCAUCCCAACCACCCUCGCCCCAUCCUCCCCAAACCCAUCACAAGCGCUGGUCGUCUUGCCCCUCCCCGCUCGGCGUCCAACAGCAGCCGCCAGCCGAGCCCCGUCCACCGCGGCUCGGCGUCAUCCCAGGCGUCGCUCAACAGCAGCCCCUCGCUAAACCCCGUCGCCCUCCCCGGUCCCUCGGACCACCUCCAAGUCCCCGAUGCGCUCCAGGGCUCAGAGGCGGGAGGCACCGACGGUGGUAUGGCCAUUGGCGUCGACGACAUUGCCACAGCGUUGGCAGCGUCCGACGUCGACUUUAUGGCCUACCUCAAUUCCCUCCUCCCCUCGGACGGUGAGGCGUCGGCAUUCUCCAUCGAGCAGGCCAUGUCGUCCACAUCCGCCUCCACCUCCACCGCCCCUCCUGACAUUUCCCUCCUCAACCUCCAGCCCACGACAGUCCAGACCCCCCGCGCGGCCGACUUUGAGUCGUCAAUGGGCGAUAUCCAGGAACUCAUUGCUGGCGCCCUUGCGCAGCAGGGCAUGUUCAACCGCGCCGAUGCCCACACGGAUCCCGAGUUUAACAACUAUCUCCUGUCAAUGCAGGCUGGCACCGCCGGGGGCGACUUGACCGCUGCGGAACAGCCGGAUCCCAGCAAGAUGUACUACGCCUCCUAUGAGGAUACUCGUCAUCUCAUGAACCCCCUCGGUCCCAUGCCGCCCAUGUCCCAGACUGGCGCUGCAUCGUCGUCGUCCGCGCACGUCUCGGCUACCCAGACACCACCCCAGCAGCUGCAGGGACCGACCCCGGGAGACGACUUUUUCCAGACGGACAGCAACUUGCAUUACUUUGAGGGCUUUGGCACCACGUUCCCGCGCCAGAUAUCGCACCUGCCUCCCGACGUGCGUGCGCCGUCGCGUACGAGCUCGCACGGCGAACAGGCCCCCGCCCCCGCCGCGGCUCCCCCGGUGCCAGCCCCGGCUCUGCCAGUCGAGCCUCCUGCCCCUCCUCUGCAGGCGGUUGUCAACCCGGACAUCAUCGACCUGUCCAAGCCCCUCAACCCCUCCGACGUCGACCGUAUCCUCCAGGCCCUCCUGACCCAGCAGGCGCGCCAGGGCGGCGCGACCUCGGACCCGCCCGCCCCGUCCAUCAGCCACGGCAACAGCAACGGCCACAGCCACGAGCCCCCGCCAGCGCUCACCCGCUCCCAGCCGUCGCACACGAGCACUGCGCCGUCCGAGUCUGCCGGUCUCGACCCGAGCGGCGGCAUGGGCAGCGUCGCUGCCGACCCGAACACCAUGUUCCCCGAGUUCAUCUUCGACGCCACGGCCAUGGGGUGUGCGGGCCUGCAGGUGGUGGAGCCCAUGUCACAUGUUCUGCCGGGACCAGGCAACGGGCAGAACCCGGACCAGAGCCAGAGCCAAAACCAGAGCCAGAACCAGAGCCAGAACCAGGCCACCACCGCCGCACAGCCGCAUAAUGCCUGGCUGAGGGAGGCGUGGGCGCCCGACCUCCUCGGUCCGUCGCAGCCGCCUGCGUAG